UCGCUCUACGACAACAACAACUACCACGAGGAAUGCCUUCGAUGCAACUCCUGCGGCCUCAACCUGACGGGGCCGAACCAGACUCGGGCACGACGCUACAAGAAUCAGUUCCUGUGCGACCUUCACUUCGCCGACGUCGCCCUCAUGGAGACCUCGGACUUCCUGCAGCAGCUGAGAUCCUUCAAGCCGCAGAGUCUCGGGUGCGCCGUCGCCCGGAGGAAGUCGUCGACCACGCUGAUUUUCCCGCUUCCUCCCCAGGCGUGCGCAGACGAGUUCUGCGCGGGCUACCCCCACCAGCUGAUCCCGACGCCCGGCUACUGGAUCGAGUGCGCCGGGCAGAACGUUCCCGACGACACCAUCUGGGACGAGUCGGAGCCAGAGCUGGAGGACGGCUCCCCCCAGAGCGACCACCCCGACAAGGCCGACCAGAACAUCCAGGUCAGGAGACCGAGCUACUUCUCGCAGGUAGUGUGUCCGGGCGGCCAGGUGCCGGUCAUCAACGAGCCGUCGCGCCAGAAGACAUGCAUCCAAGAGCAGUACGAGCGCACCGGCCAGUUCGAGCUCACCAGCAUCGAGCAGGAGACUUACGAGAAGUACUUUUACGGCACGGAGCACUGGAAUUACUUCACGCAGGACGAGGACCUUGGACCUGUGAUCCUCUCACUCAAGCAGGAGACCUCCAACGGCCGAGAUCAAUUCAGGAUCAUGGUGCGAGGGAUCUCCUACACGGUACACGGACUCGUCCCUGCUUCCUGUGUCUUCGCCGACCGCUACAACCGCGAGGAGGUCGUCAGGUCCUUCGGCCGGGAAAUUAACCUGAACCCGCCGCUGGUCCUCGGCCAGCUGCCGGACAUCCCGGAAGAACUGCUCAAGCUGGACCAGGUGUUUAUCAAGAGCGAGCUGAAGGUGGGCGUGGUCUACGUCAGAGACAACCAGUUCACCGAAGAAGAGAUCUUGGACAACAACGAAACGUCUCCGCUGUUUGAGGAAUUCCUUCAGAUCUUGGGAGACAAAGUCAGAUUAAAAGGCUUCGACAAGUACAAGGGCGGCCUGGACACAGUGCACGACCUGACCGGGCUGUACAGCGUGUACGCUCUCUGGAGGAACAUCGAGAUCAUGUUCCACGUCUCAACGCUGCUGCCCUACGAGAAGCACGACCCGCAGAAGCUCCAACGGAAGCGCCACAUCGGAAACGACAUCGUCUGCGUCGUGUUCCUGGAGGCAGACAACACGCCCUUCUCGCCUGCCUGCAUCAAGUCCCACUUCCUGCACACUUUCAUCGUGGUCAGGACGAGUCCCAGGAUCAAGUUCAAGCCCACGCGAUAUGAGGUGGCCGUCGUCUCGCGGGACGAGGUGGGCGCCUACAAGCCGUACCUGUGGGAGCAGAGCUGCUUCGAGAAGGGCCCCAUGUUCCGCGAGUGGCUCCUCACCAAGAUCGUGAACGGCGAGAGGGCGUCGUACUCCGCCCCGAAGUUCGCGCGAAUGCAGGACCGCACCAGGUCGCAGAUGCUGGAGGACCUGGUGAACAACCUGCAGAACCACGCCGAGACUGGACAGAUCCCCAAACCAUACAGACGCGGUUCUUGGCGACCGAUUGGCCACAUGCGUCCCUCCUCGCCCUUGCUGGACUCGGUGCGAGACCUGUUCGAGGGCCACGACCAGCUUGCCAAGGACUUCACACGUGCCUUUCAUAACAGCGAAAACCACUUCAACAACAUGCUGUUCGAUGUCUCCUUCAUGGUCGGGGCCGGGAAGGAGAAAUCCAAGCUGUACGGCGUGAGGGCCAUUCUCGGGGUGCGGAGCAGAGUGUUCCAGGAGAUGCUGUAUGGGUUCAGCACCGGGUUCGGGUCACCGCAGGUUUCGGUAGCCGACAUCCUGGCCCGCGCCGUCCCCACGCUGCACUCACCUUCUCACAAGCCGAAGAGCUCAAACUUUCUGCAGGUCCCAGAUAUCGAGACGCCCCGCCCCAAGAGUGUGCCCAACUCCCCGAUAGUGAUGCGGGCGUUCUCCCGCCUGGGCACCCUCACCUCCGGCUGGGGGAGGUCGUCCAAGAAGCACGACCGCCUCUCCGUCGAAGACAAGAAGAAGUGGGCCUCGUCACAGGACUGCUCAGGAAAAGAAGGCAAGGAGAAACAGGCGGACAAGAACGCGCUGUCCGUGCCCCGGUUAAGUGUGUGUGCGGACGGUGGGAAGGUAGACCGUGCCCGCUUAUGUCAGACGGAGUUCACGAUCAUAGAGUUCGAACACGACACCUUGAGGAUCCUGCUGGACUACCUGCAUACCGGCUCCUGCCCUUUGACCUGCACCUCCAUCCCGGGCCUCAUCUGCGCCGCUGAGCACUACGACCUCCCCGAACUCCUGCAGGCUUGCUUCCACCACGCCAAGCAGUUCCUUCGGAUAGAAGUGGUAUGCAACAUGCUGAGCAGCCUUGAGAACUAUUACUGGCGAUACACAUCCGCGUCGGAGUUGGUCAACAUGAUCCUUGCUUUCGUCGAGACCAGGGCGGUGCAGGUGUUCGAAAGUCCGGACUUCCUUCAGCUGUCGGAGUCGAUGGUCAACAUGAUGAUGGCGAGAAACCUCGAAGUCGCCGAGAUCACGAAAUUCGAGGCGAUGCUCACGUGGGCCAAGAACCGCGUCAGAGUGAAGGGCGCCUCGAAAGUGGACUCCCGCGUUGAGUUCCGCUGCAUCAUGGAGAGGCUGACGAGGGAGCUCAAGCUGUACAGGAUCUCUCCGCAGGAUCUCAUCAAGAUCGUGCUGCCGAGCAAGGCCAUCAAGAACGAGCGCAUCCUCGAGACGCUCAUGUUCCAGGCCAACUCGGGGAUGUACCGCAUCAAUGAUUCCUACCUGGAGGCGUGCCAGCAGAGACUCCAGAAGCAGGAUUCCAAGUUCAGCGAGUGGGAAUCGUUCGACUAUGGCCUAUAGCACCAAUUGGAUGGCCUCUCCUUCUCGACGCGCAGGACCUCGCCAGGACGCUAGUGGGAUGCUCGGAGAUGGGGGGAAAGGAGGGGA